AUGUGCGAGUCCCUAAAUUGUAUGAGAGGACAGUCCACCCCGCUUUCAGACUGCUAUAGGCGAGCCCCGUGGGAUACUGCUCUAUCAGCCCAACAUGCAGAACACUUAUUUAUUGCUAAGAAGCCUGGGCUCUUGGAGUCAAUUUAUCAGGAGGCUCCAAAGAGAGGAGAGCGGAGCGCGCGUAGAGCAGAGCUUCUCCAGGGAGCCCCUCCACAGCCUGGAGCUUCAGGUCACAGCGGCGUGAACCAGCUCGGCGGGGUGUUCGUCAACGGGAGGCCGCUGCCCGACUCCACGCGGCAGAAGAUCGUGGAACUCGCUCACAGCGGCGCCCGGCCCUGCGACAUCUCCCGGAUCCUGCAGACCCAUGCAGAUGCAAAAGUCCAAGUGCUGGACAAUCAAAACGUGUCGAAUGGAUGUGUGAGUAAAAUUUUGGGCAGGUAUUACGAAACUGGCUCCAUCAGACCCAGGGCAAUCGGAGGUAGUAAACCGAGAGUAGCGACUCCAGAAGUUGUAAGCAAAAUAGCGCAGUAUAAACGAGAGUGCCCCUCCAUCUUUGCGUGGGAGAUUCGAGACAGAUUACUAUCAGAGGGGGUCUGUACCAACGAUAAUAUACCCAGUGUGUCGUCGAUAAACAGAGUCCUACGCAACCUGGCUAGCGAAAAGCAACAGAUGGGUGCCGACGGGAUGUACGACAAGCUAAGGAUGCUGAACGGGCAGACGGGGACCUGGGGCACCCGGCCCGGCUGGUACCCCGGCACCUCGGUUCCCGGGCAGCCCGCCCAAGAUGGCUGUCCGCAACAGGAGGGAGGAGGGGAAAACACUAACUCCAUCAGCUCUAAUGGAGAAGAUUCAGACGAGGCCCAAAUGAGACUCCAGCUGAAAAGAAAGCUGCAGAGAAAUAGGACAUCCUUUACCCAAGAGCAAAUCGAAGCCCUUGAGAAAGAAUUUGAGAGGACCCACUAUCCCGAUGUGUUUGCAAGAGAGAGACUAGCUGCUAAAAUAGACCUGCCUGAAGCAAGGAUACAGGUGUGGUUUUCUAACAGAAGGGCCAAGUGGAGAAGGGAAGAGAAGCUGAGGAACCAGCGAAGACAAGCCAGCAACACUCCCAGCCACAUUCCCAUCAGUAGUAGUUUCAGCACAAGCGUUUACCAGCCGAUCCCGCAACCGACCACCCCCGUUUCCUCUUUCACAUCAGGUUCCAUGUUGGGCAGAACAGACACGGCGCUCACAAACACGUACAGCGCGCUGCCGCCCAUGCCUAGCUUCACCAUGGCCAACAACCUGCCUAUGCAACCCCCGGUACCCAGCCAGACCUCCUCCUACUCUUGCAUGCUGCCCACCAGUCCAUCGGUGAAUGGACGGAGCUAUGAUACAUACACCCCUCCUCACAUGCAGACACACAUGAACAGCCAGCCGAUGGGCACCUCUGGCACCACUUCCACAGGUCUCAUUUCCCCUGGAGUUUCAGUUCCAGUUCAAGUUCCUGGCAGUGAACCUGAUAUGUCUCAAUACUGGCCGAGAUUACAGUAA